CCUGACCUUUCCAACAUGGCUGACGGCACCUCCCGGUCCGAACUUCCGGCGGGUGAGGUCAGAACUUCCUGCCGUUUCUCUUCCCUCCCCCACUUCGAUCGCCGCCAUUUUAGUUUGGCGUCGGGCUGAACGGGUCGGCGCGGGAGGGGGCGGCGGCUGCCCGGCGGCCAGACGGUGAUUAUCGGUGAAGAGGCCGCACGCCCCAGAAGCUGCGGGCCUUCGACUUUCCCACUCAGACGCUGAACAGCAUACUUGGUGUGUCUCCGCGACGGGCGCCGAGCGGCUUCUAUGAGGUAAAUCCACGGCGGCAGGCUUCUCGGAUUGCGCUGAGCAGCCCCGGGGCCUGCGGCCUAGUCGGCGGGCUGGUGGUGGUGGCGGCCGGCGCCGCCGGGACCGCCGCCGAGGAGGAUGGCGUCUAACUUCGACGCGCAGGACUGGGCGAGCUGGUACUUCGGCAGCAUGAGGCGGGAGGAGGCGGUGUCGCUGCUGCAAGGCCAGAGGCACGGCACUUUCCUAGUGAGGGACAGCCACACCAUCCCCGGCGACUACGUGCUGAGCGUGAGCGAGAACUCCCGGGUCUCCCACUACAUCAUCAACAGCCGCCCGCAGGCCGGCUCGGGCCCCGGCCCCGGUCCCGCUCCUGGUCCGGCCCGCUUCCGCAUCGGCGACCAGGACUUCGAGCACUUGCCCGGCCUGCUCGAGUUCUACAAGAUCCACUACCUGGACACCACCACCCUGCAGGAGCCGGUGGCCAGGCCCCCGCACCUCGGGCCCGGGCCCGGCCAGGGCGGUCCGAGGCAGCACGCCGAUGCCGAGUUCGUCCGCGCCCUCUUCGACUUCCCGGGCAACGACGAGGAGGACCUGCCGUUCCGUAAGGGCGACCUGCUGCGGGUCCUCGACAAGCCCGAGGAGCAGUGGUGGAACGCGCAGAGCGGCGACGGCCGCUGCGGCAUGAUCCCCGUGCCGUACGUGGAGCGCUGCCGGCCUGGCUCGGUGCUGGGCCCGGCCGGCAGCCCGGACAGCUCGCAGGCUGGCACCCCGACGCAGCAGCAGCCCGAGUUCGGGCCCUACGCCCAGCCGAGCGUCAGUACCCCGCUGCCCAACCUGCAGAACGGGCCGGUGUACGCCCGCGCCUUCCAGAAACGGGUGCCCAAUGCGUACGACAAGACAGCGCUGGCCCUGGAGGUUGGUGACCUAGUGAAGGUAACCAAGAUCAACGUGAAUGGCCAGUGGGAAGGAGAAUGUAACGGUAAACACGGUCACUUCCCUUUCACCCACGUCCGACUUCUUGAUCAACAGAACCCUGAGGAGGACCUAAGCUGAGUGGAUCUGUUUUAGACAACAAAAUGAUUUGAGUCUCAGAUGGGAAUAAACUUUCUACAGUUCCAUUUUCCAACAAACUGGUCCCCGCCCAAGCCCACACCCGGAGACUUUGGCCGUCUAAUGUUUACACUAGCCCAGUGAGAUUGCGGUUAACUUGCCUAUGGAACUGUUGAAACUGUUUAGGUUGCGGUUUGUAGCCGCGGUUCUGGUGUAUGCUUUAACGGUUACAUUCAUCGGUGAGUAAUGUUCACAUGAUGGGCACAUUUGGAGCUGAGAACAAUCAGAGUUUCUUUCCUAACUAAUCAAUGUUCCUGCAAGUCUAUUGUGGCUGUUGAUCUGGAUGUAUGUGUGAGAUUUGUAAAGGGCAAAUGGAACUCUCCUAUGGCCAAGUGGGCAAUGAUGGUUGCAGUACCACACUAAAUCACAUCUCAGCCCUGUACUUUGCUGGUCUUGUCUUUGAUGCCCCUAAAUUAGAAAAGGGAGUGAAGAAGAGAUUCAACCCAACCCAAGUCAUCCAGUAGCCCUUCUACAACAGCCAGUUUGUGGUCUUUGGUAGGAUCAAGGUCUGUAAUUAUACCUUGAAUGCAGCUGGUAGCAGGGAGUAUCAGGGUAGUGGAGCAGGUGAAGUGACGAUAAGCCUCUUACACGAUCUCACACAACAUCAAGGUUCAUGGUUGCAAUUACUAAACACUACUGGAUAGGGAUGUAAACACAAGAGGUCCUGCAGAUGCUGGAAAUCUAAAUUAACACACAAAAUACUGGAGGAACUUGACAAGUAAGGCAGCUUCUGUGGAAAGGAAUAAAGAGUUGACAUUUCAGGCUGACAUCCUUUGAAUGUUGCUGCUUUUUACGGAAAAGGCAUGAAGGUUCUUGGCCGAAAAUAUCGACUGUUUAUUUUUCUCCAUGGAUGCUGUCUGACCUGAGUUUCUCCAGCAUUUUGUCUGCAUAGGGAUGGACCUUCAGCUGAAUAUUAAGCAAAGGUUUAAGAUCAUUUAUGUGUAUCACUUCAGUAGGGUAAAUGAGUAACACAAAAUGCUGGAGGAACUCAGCAGGUUACGUAGCAUCUAUGGAAAACAUUAACAGUGUUAAUGUUUCAGGCCAAGACCCUUCAUCAGGAAAUCCCCUGCAUUGAUGCUGCUUGAUUUGAGUUCCUGCUGCAUUUUGUAUGUGUUACCCUGGAAUUCCAGCAUCUGCAAAAUCUCUUGUGAAUAUGGUAAAUGGUUUUAUUUUGCAGUAACCAUUAAAGAGACACUAACUUUUGGUCUGGGUAACUGAUAAUGUUCACCGAUAUUGACUUAAUAGCUGUUAGAUAUGUUCAUAUCUUGGUGACAUUUUGAACAUUUGGCUGUCUGAUCUGUAAACAUCAAAUGCCACUUAGUCUUGCAGGCCUUUUCCAAGAUAUUGAGUUUUGCCAAACAACAAACCUAAGUAAUUUUAGGAUUUUUAGAAGAGAUGCAAGUGUUUUUUUUUUAACUUGCUGCCACAUAAACCAGGAAACACUACAAAAGAUUAAUGCUUGAUUUUGGGAGGGUUAAAAGCAAGUUUAGAUCUUGUGUGCUGAUAGUGUGCAGCAAAUUUAUGGUGGGGGACAAGGGCAAUGAAUUAACCAUGUUUGUUUGUCUUCUGAUCAAUCAGUGCCUAAUGACCAAUUAUUAAUGUACACUUUGGCAUUCCAAAGCAAAGAACCAUGUUUCUCAACAGCGUUAAUGAAAAAUGUUUUCCUUUAUCAUACACUACCUACAUCUUGGCACAUUCCUUGGAUGGUUCCUUCUCUCAGACGCAUAAUGGACUCCAAGAUACAGUCUUCCAGUUGUUACUUGAUAUGAAGCCUCGUUGCUCCAUGACACAAUAACGAUCUAAUGAAUUGUACAGGAAGACGUAAUACAACACGUACUUCAUCUUCUGGACUGAACUGCGUCUUAAUCUCUCAUGUUACGUUUGACAUACAGCACAGUUAAACAUAGCAGCUGUACUAAUGCUUCUACAAAUGUCUUCUCUGAAAUUUAUUUUCCUUUUUUUUAACCUUUGUUCAAUUUCUGUUCUGAUUUCAGAUUAUAUUGAAAUUGUUUUUGUUUAAUUCAGUGUAACAAAAUCUAGACUUGUAUUUAUUGUUAUAGGGUUGCUGUGACCACUUUUCCUUAACGCCAAUAGCUCGGAGUGGUGUGUGGAGCGGGUAGCCAGUGGUGGCAUCAGGACCUGCUCCUCAAGUGCUUGUCAUACUGAUAUUUGGCAAAGGCUGGAGAUGUGAAACAAGUGGGAUGGUAGGGAGAAUUGUGUUCAUUGGGGGAAUGAGCAUCUCACCUACAUAUUCAGUGGCCAAACAUUUCUAUGCAAUUUAUUGUCACUUCAGGCCUGUUUCUGGUAGUUUAAUAAGUGGGUUUCUUUUCUGCUUCCCCCCCCCCCCACCCCAUCCGGCAGUGUGAUGUCCAUUAAAACAAGGUUUUAUUCAGCCCUGUGAUUUGUGACAUCCCUCUGCAUUUCUCACUAGCCAUCAGUACUCUGUGGUUAAAUUUAAACCUGACUAUCUCCUUGUGUGUUGCUUCAUCUGAGAGAGAUUGUGAAAUGAAAAGAGAUCAAUGGUUGUACCUCCCAUCUGUCGUUUAAAAUGCAGGAGACAUCACAUCAGGACAUGUCUCAGAUGCACAUGAGUUUUUAAAAUCUCACCCUCUCCCUUGUAUCCCCCUUAUAUGCACAUUGAAAGUAAGCAAUGACAUAAUUGAUAGCUUGGUUCUCGAGUUUUACCUGAGAGUAGUGAAUAAUUGUGGCCUGAAAAUGUGCUUAAAGGAUUUUCUUUGAAUUACCUGUGUCCACACUUUCCUUGGAAAGGCUGAUAUUAGUUGCAGAAGAGUGAGUGAGUAACACGUGUUCAUUUUCAGACUCUGUUUUCUGUGUCUGCGGGUCGUGAGGGAAGAGGCAACAACAAUGGUUGCCUUUGACUUUUGGCAUAUGCAUUGACUUCCAAAGCCUAAAUGAAUUUCAGUUCUAAAGCACAUCUAGAACAGCAUACACAUUUCCCAAACAAAAACUGGUAUACAAGUUUUUGGAUGGCUGCUACCAGGUAACAAAUACCUUAAUUUAUAAGGCAAUUGGAGGGAAAAUGAGAAUCGUCAGGAUGAGCUUCCUUGGAGACAGGAGGUUAUAUACUAGUGCUGAUUGGUUUCUGUACUUAACUACACCUUGUUUUUUUAAAAAAAACAUACACCAAAGCUGGAAUAAGUGAUCUGAAAGUAUUAAUGGUGUAGGCUUGAUUUCCUGUUAGUUUCCCCACCUUUGUGAUAUUACCCAUCAAUCAUGGUUGGUCUGUACAAAUUCACACUUUGUAUGAAAAUACUAUUACUAGUAGAAAUUAUAUGAACAGUAUUAAGUUGAUAAUUCAAAGAAGAUCUUGUAGUUACAGAAAUUUUAUAAUUAUGGGGUCUUAAUAUUUGAGCCAACCCUCUGAGCUUAGGUCACCUUUUCUACAAAGCAAUGAUGGUUCAGUGCUGCUCAUUAUCACCAAAUUCCUUCACCUUUAGCUCACUGUCCUUUGUUGCAAUCAGUCAGUAGCUUCAGUUGGUUGAAAGUGAAAAUGGAACCAGCCGAACGAAGGUUUUGAACCAUUGGAGGGUCUGGGACAUUUUUUAAGACAAAUGGUAACUUUCCCCUUACUGCCGGUGCAUGGGCAAAACCAUUGGGUGUAGCUCAUGAGUUAAUUUUUGCUCUUAUUUUCCUGUGGAUCACUUUGCAUUGCUUCUUAAACCCAUCAGUCACCCUGCAGGGACAUAAGCUGCCGACAGCUGCUUGCCAGAGUCUUCUGCUCUUCUGUCCUGCACCAGUCUUUCAGGGGUUUCCAGGUUGCUAUAUCUUUCCUCGGCUCUCCCUGGGGUGAGGUCUUUGAAGCUUCUGUUGGUGUUCCUGUAACAUGAUUAUGGGGUUGCUAGCCCCAUACCAAAUUGUCCUUCUUUUGCAGCCAGGCUUGGGACUGUCCAAUGCAGAAUUACUUUGCAUUGCUACUAUGUGGAAUAUCUCAGAACCUGAAGCCCCCGGGCUGCUGCCCACCUUUCCAUUUACCAGCCGAUGUAAAGAAUACUGCAAAUCUGGGACUUGUUCAUUUGACUCUUGCUGACACCAUAAUACAUGGGAGCCUUAGGCCCAUUGAGUCCACCACUUCAUCAUAGCUCAUUUAUUAUUCCUCAGCCUCUUCCUGCUGCCUUCUCCCCAUUACCUUUGACAUCCUUACUAAUCAAGAACCUAUCAACUUCCGCCUUAAAUAUACCCAAUGAUUUGCCCUCUGCGGUAAUAAAUUGCACAUAUUCAGCAGCUUCUGGCUAAAGAAGUUCCUCCUCAUCUCCUAUUCUAAAGGGAUGUCCAUCUAUUUGUCUGUCCUCUGGUCCUCCAUGACACAAGCAUGUCAGCAAACUAAUACAGCUUUCCAAAUAGCUGUCUCGCUUUCCAGAAAUGGGUGUAUUCUCAUUACAUUCUGGAAUUGCCUGUAAAAUGUAGUGAUUCAUUGGUUAAGUGUUUUAAAUGUGAUUUAUUUCAGCUUGAGUUCGCACUAAGUCCUGGUUAUUACAGUUUUAUUAAUGUGUGCAUUUUCCCCAUGGACAUAUUGUUGGUAGCUCUACCCAUCUCUUUGGCAGGAUUACCAUACCUAAUUGUUAGUGACUGGAAAAUAGUGAGAGCAUCUGCAGGUGAUUACCUGCCAAUGCUUGCUCAAAGAGCCGGUGGAGUCUAUUUAACAUUAUUACUCUCAAAGGCAUGCUAGAUGAACAACGAGACAGUUGUAGUUUCUACUGAGGUUGAGGAAAUGUGGAAACAAUUCCAUAUCACAACAGCACAUGUACAGUCUGUGGAGCCAAAACUUCUCGAGUCUCUGCUGGUGGCAGCUUCAUUUGCAGAUUUAAUUUAUUUUCUUGCCAGGCAAGAAUAGAACUUGCUUAUUUGAGUGAGUUGCCCUGAUUAGAAACUGAUGGAAAUUUGCACAGUAGGUUUCACUUUUGUGUUAAAAUUCAAAGUGUUAUUGAUAUUCCAAUGUCAGUGUUACUCCAAAGCAAUGACUGAAAUCAGUUUAUUACAUGUAUUUGAAGUUUCUGUUUCUGCCCAUUAAAGACUGCAGGUUUCAUGGCCAGUAACUUUAAACUCUCUCCUACAGUUCCUGUGGUUAAAAUAUCAAUAUAGAAAUGAACUGAGCAACUGAUAAGUCUCUGGUGUUGUAUUAUUUGAGUGUUUCGGGCCUUUUACUUGCGAGACUGUUGCAGGAGUUCCACUUUAGCCUAUUUGGGGUGGUGGGGAGGUCUUGAUUUCCUUGCCCUGCUUGCCCUUGUAUAUCUGAUGCAUGAAAGUUGAUCAGAGUUUAAACCUGCCAUUUGGGGAAGAUAAUUAUCCCGGAUAAAACUACAGGCAUAGCUGAUGUGUAGACUUCCAUAUCAAAGCAUUGUGAUGAGUGCUGAAUAUGACAUUAUUGCAAGAAGCCAUUUGGUGCGGAUACAUGUAUUGAGGAUAUAAUAGCUCUUCCUUCGUCUGUUUUCUUACAUAUUUAAUUCAAUUCCAAUUUAAUCUCUGUAGAUGCAGUUCUUUCUACUUCCUACACCAAAUGAAACUAUCAUUAAACUCUAUGCCAUCUAUAAGAUCUUGUUUAAGGUUCUGGUUAUGGCAUUUAAGAAUUUUUGUGGUUAAUUCUGUGGUUAAGAAACACAGCCCGGGUUUGUCCUGCUUAAUAGCCCAUUGCUGCAAAUAGUCAAAGUGACUAAGGUGCUGAACUCACAGCCACAUGCAUGGAAGAAUCCUUUUUGCCAACUUCCAUUUGGCCACUAUUUUACAUAUCUAAUGAAAACUAAAUGCUGUUUGUUUUGAAAUACUUACUUAACACUAAAUUUUCCAAUGGUUUAAUGACUGAAAUGAAAUGUUCAGUGUUGACCGGUAAGGAGGACCAAUGUCCUUCCCUGAUGCUACACUAUACCCUGCCACUGAGGUGGAGAGGUCCUGAAUUGAACUUGCAAAUAGUUUUGCUGCUGGAAGAGACAAAUGGGAAUAUAGGCCUUCCCUCUGGACUUGCUCAGCUGCAGUGCUUGGUUUCAGUGCACCCUUAACCACAUACCUGUAUGUCCUGCAUGACUGACCAGUAGUCAACAAAAAAAAAGGCUGAUGAAUAGUCAGUCCCAGAUGGGGUGGGAUAUUCACUAUUAUAAAGUACAAGUAGUGUCUGACCAGUUGGCAGGACUGAUAUUUUUGUUGUGAAUGUUGGACUUUCUGAGGAAAUCAUUGAACAACAACAACAAUUGCCACUACAGAGGCCUUAUCUCCCCGAGUCAAUGUAACAUGAGUAAGUACCUCGGAGCUGUAUGCUGGAACUGUGAAUAUUGGCCCUUUGGCCCAUCAUGUUGUGCCAAUCCUUUAACCUACUCCAAGACACAAAAUCAUCUGCAGAUGCUGGAGUCAAAACAACACUCACAACACGCUGGAGGAACUCAGCAGGUCGGGUAGCAUCAGUGGAAAAGAUUGGUCGUUUCGGGCCAGAACCCUUCGUCAGGAACCUACUCCAGGAUCCUUCCCCUAUGUUUUCAUCCAUGUGCCUAUCUAAUAAUCUCUCAAAUAUCUCCACAGAUUUGCUAUAAACCUGCUACAAACAGGCAGGGAAUAUUAAUGAAGCAUUUGAAAGAUGUGCAGUGUGCAUUUUCCAUCACCUAGAAGUGACGGCAAGUGUGCAUUUUGGGGGGGGGGGGCGGGAGAGUAGACAGUCUGGAGUGAGAGGGUUGCACAGAGGAAAGACCUUGGCUUAUCAUGACAUUGUGAUGCUGCACAGGACCAAGUAUUUCUAAUGUUCUGAUACUGGACCCCUCUCCGCAAUGAUCAAUGGAGCAGUGUUUUGUGCUGCAUAAUACUUCUGGCCCUCCAACAUGUAUGCAGUUUGAAUGUGUACGUGGAGAAGUAAAACAUCGAUUACUUUGUCUCUGAUCUGCUCUAUUAAUGUUUGCUGAUGAGACUGUUUCCUUUACUGGAAGAUGGCGAAGUAAGCCAUCCUGACAAUUAAGAAAUACACUCUUACAUUUCCCUGGAGCUCAGUCGUUGAGAGUAUUUCUUGUUUGGGUACUGAGCAGGAUUAUAGUCUGAGCUAAUCUUGAAAUGGAAGAAUGGGGAUGAAAGGAAUUGUUUUGCUGCCCCACCCAUCAGGGACCAGUGACAAAGCAUGCUAAUUCAGCUGUUUCACCUUAUGCCAUUCAAAGUCUCCCAUGUGAAAUGGGAGUAUAGCGUUGCAUGGGAGAGCUUUGGCCUCUGUCCCUAUCAUUUGUCAAUUUUUAAUUAUCUAUAAUUGGAGCCAUAUUAAUUUGUUUUAUCUGUGCUAUAAGACAGUGUUGAGAGUGAAGCCUGCGUGACUAAGCGUGAAGCCUACUUGGGUAUCUGAACCAAGGUGGGAAUCUUAGAUUCCUAUCCCUUCCCAAUCUCUGCAUCAGGUGAGAUUGACUGAAUGCCACGUUCAAGGCAAUCAUUUGGUACUUGAAAACCCAACAGAUUGCACUGAAAAAUGGGUGGCUGUACAAUCAGCUGGCUAUUCUGGCCAUUGUUAAUCCAAAUACUCUGGGAUCAGUUUCCCCCGGGAUCAAUAAAGUAUGACUAUGACUAUCAAGGCUUUUGUCCACUAGCUGGAGUUACUUUGCACCUUAAGUUUUUAACCCAUUAGUAGGAUUGCAUCCCAGAAGAUAAAAUGUUGCAUAUUCUGUUUUCACAUUUAAGAGAAGUUUGGAUAAGUAUAUGGAUGUGAGGUGCAGGUUGAUGGAAUUAGACAGAAUCACAGUUUAGUAUAGGUAGGAUGGGCUGAAGGGCUGUUUGACUUUAUAACUGCAUCAUGUACAAAAGGGAAGAGACUGAAGAAACGCUAUUUUCAAAACUGACAUUCUACAGUUCAAAACAUGGUUUUAUUGUAGUACAGACACUAAAGUCAGGAAAGUAGGUGACAAUCUUGAAUCCCUGUGACUGCGUGGGUUUCCUCCGGAUGCCCUGGUUUCUUUCCACAUUCCCAUGUAGUAAUCUGCAAUCCCAGUGUUUGUGGAGUACACGGCCUGCAAGAUUAUUUGAAAUUAGGAUAUUGACAGUAUUUAA